AUGGCCGGAACCCAACGCAUAUCAGAGUCCGUGGACCGCUUCUGUUACCAGUAUCUUCAACUGGAGCCAACACUUGAGUAUCCUACCGCGGAGAUCAUUCGUGAAGCCUCCGCCCAAGAUACCAUUUACAAGAAACUCUUCUCGGAUGAAGCACCACGUUAUAGCCCUCCUGCAAGAUAUCGUCUCCGGGUUCUAAAGGAACUGGUCGCCAGGAUAGAGUCCAGCAUCGAAGACUGGGACCAACAUGACCAGGAAGUUUCCGAGGAUCUCAUGACGGUCUUGUCCGAAUCUCUCGCGACUCCAGUCCCAUCUGAGGUGUCCUCUGCCCAGCAGAAAUCCUACGUCACGUAUCACCUGAGUGGUCUUGAGCAGAGCCCCCGGUCACAGCACUCGCCUUCCCCUGACAUCACACUGCUUGAGGCCCGCUCGCUGAUCUCUGCCUCUGGCACCACGGGUCUCCGAACUUGGGAAGCCGCGCUGCAUCUAGGGCAGUUCCUGUGUGAAGACCCAAAUCUCGUCAAGGGAAAGCGAGUUCUCGAACUCGGUGCAGGUACUGGAUACCUGGCGAUCCUCUGCGUCAAACAUCUCGGCGCCACGCACGUUGUCGCUUCCGAUGGAUCUGAUGAUGUGAUCAAUAACCUACCAGAGAGCUUCUUCCUCAACGAACUGCAAGAAAGUACGCUUAUCAGACCAAUGGAAUUGCGAUGGGGACAUGCUCUCGUGGGGACAGAGGACCAGAAGUGGAACAACGGCGAGAGCGUUGACGUUGUGAUCGGAGCAGAUAUCACCUAUGACCAGAGCAUCAUCCCGGCCCUCAUCGCAACCGUCGAGGAACUAUUUGCCCUAUUUCCUGCCGUGCAGGUUUUGAUAUCCGCGACGCAGCGGAACGAGGUCACGUUCGAGGCCUUUUGUAGCCUUUGCCGUCAGCGUGAGAUGGGCUUGAGCUACAUCGAGUUUCCUAUACCACCGAGGGAACAGCAAAAAGGACCAUUCUAUAACGACAGCGUACCUAUUCGGAUUUGCCGACUCUCAGCACCGCCAACCACCAGGGCGCUGUGGUGA